UCAGUGUGAAAUAUGAGUUGGCGAGGAAGAUCGACCUAUCGGCCUAGGCCAAGACGCUAUGUAGAGCCUCCUGAAAGGAUUGGGCCUAUGCUGCCCGAGCAGUUCAGUGAUGAAGUGGAACCACCAACCCCUGAAGAAGGGGAACCAGCAACUCAAAGUCAGGAUCCUGCGCCCGCUCAGGAGGGAGAAGAUGAGGGAGCAUCUGCAGGGCAAGGGCCGGAGCCUGAAGCUGAGAGCCAGGAAGAGGUUCGCCCGAAGACUGAUUGUGAGCCUGAAGAUGGUCCUGAUGUCCAGGAGAUGAGCCUGCCAAAUCCAGAGGAGGCGAAAAGGCCUGAAGAAGAGAUGAGGUCUCACUGUGUUGCCCAGGCUGGGAUUCUCUGGCUUUUAAUGCACAAUUGCUUUUAA